AUGAUCGGCAGUUCUCUUUCAGCGCUCUCAAUAUUCUUACCCGAUCGCUCUUAUCGCAAGCACCGCGUUCAGUUUCCACGAGACUGCAGUGCACUUUGCAUCGCAAUCCCGGAUGCUCUGCUUGGUGAAUUGAUUAGCCUGGGUUUGAAGAGUGUGUGAGAAUCUGUUCAAUUUGCUGGGGAUUUGUAGCACAGUGACAAUUGUGUGGAUUUCGGUGGAGUGCGGAAGCGCUGCGAAGUUAAUUAAUUGCACCCCGGGAUUUGGGGUAAAUUCCCAUUUAAUGAUCUCCUCCUCGGAGUGAAUUACAUUUUGAGUGAUUUUCGAGGAAUUCUAAAGGAAAAUCAAUCAGCAGAACGCCAUGGAGAGCACUCAGUCGAAUCACAAUACGAAAAUAUCGGAUUCAGCGUAUUCAAAUAGUUGCAGCAACAGUCAAUCGCAGAGAAGUGGCAGCUCCAAGUCACGCCACAGUGGGAGUAAUUCUUCAGGGAGCAGUGGUUACGGUGGAAAACCUUCGACGCAAGCGAGCAGUGAUGUUACAUCACAACAGGUGCCGAAGAGGACAAAGGAUAAGGAGCGCAAGAAGAAGAAGCUCAAGAGCAAUUUGCAGGCACUCACGAUAAUUGCUGAUGCAACUGAUGCGGCUCAAGCCUCUUGUUCGGAGAUUAAGAAUGAUGGUCAGUGCACGAGUGCCGAGAUAAGCCUCGGAGAGCCAAGAGAGGUGAAGGAUGACUCGAUGGUGGGAACAUCGGGGGUCAAGCAGAGUAGCUCCAAUUGCCAGGAUAUAUCGAUUCCCAGCACUUUAUCCACUCCAUCGCCACUGGAAGUUUCCAAUGAGCAGAUUGAUGUAGGGAACCAGGUUACUGAAGGUGUGGCAGAGAUGACUGUGGCUUCCGGAGAUAAUGUGGCCAAAUCCGAUAAGAACACAAUGGAAGAUUGCUUUUGCUGUGUCAUCUCAAUGCACGAUGGCGUAGUUCUCUUCACUACGCCAAGCAUCACAGAGAGUCUUGGCUUUCCCAGAGAUAUGUGGCUUGGGCGAUCCUUCAUUGACUUCGUCCAUCCCAAGGAUCGUGCCACUUUUGCCAGUCAGAUAACUUCGGGUGUGGCUGUGCCAUUCUCCGAGACGAAGGGCGGCAUUCACAAGGACAUCCGCAACUCUCUCUUUGUCAUGUUGCGCAGAUAUCGCGGACUAAGGACUGCAGGCUACGGUGUGACUGCAAAGGCGGUCAGCUAUGAACCCUACAGAUUGGUUUUGAGCUUCAGGGAGGCUCCAGAGGAUCCGCGAUCCGAAAAUGCUGAGAAUAUGCCACCAAAUGGCAGCACAAUGCUCCUCGUGAUCUGCGCAACGCCCGUCAAGAGCAUCUACAAGAGUCAUUUUAAACGUUCUUCCGCAGGUGCUGAUGAGAUUCUUUGCCAUCGCAGUCCCAAGUUCAGCACAAGACACACAGCAGCGGGAAUAUUGUCGCAUGUUGAGGGCAGCGCUGUGGGCGCCUUUGGAUACUUGCCUCAAGACAUGAUUGGCAGGUCCAUCAUGGAUUUCUACCAUCCUGAGGAUUAUCCGUAUAUCAAAGAAGUUUAUGAAACGGUGAUGAGAGUUGGGAAGACGGCCGGAGCUUCGUUUUGCAGCAAACCCUACAGGUUCCUGGUGCACAACGGUUGUUAUGUCACACUUGAAACCGAAUGGACAAGCUUCGUAAAUCCUUGGUCGAGACAACUGGAAUUUGUCAUUGGUCAUCAUCGAGUGUUGCGAGGACCUCCAAAUCCUUCGGUUUUCUCUGCUGGUCUGGUUACUCAGCAAUUUCCAGAGGAUGUCCUCAACGAAGCCAAGAAGACACAGGAAAAGAUUCUUUGUUUACUUACUGAGCCGGUCUCAAAAGAUUUGGACACUGUGAAGCAGCAAGUCUCGAAGAGAUGCCUUGCAUUGGCAUCCUUCAUGGAGACACUGAUGGAUGAAGUGACAAGACCUGAUCUGAAGCUGGAGUUGCCUCAGGAGACUGAGCUGACUAUAUCAGAGAGAGAUUCUGUAAUGCUGGGAGAGAUUUCACCACACCAUGAUUACUAUGACAGCAAGAGUUCAUCCGAGACGCCGCCGAGUUACAACCAAUUGAACUACAAUGAGAAUCUGCAGCGCUUCUUCGAGAGUAAACCCAUUACUAUUGGUCCGGAUGAGGCGAUGAAGGUGGAUCACACUGGACCGGAGUCGAGUGGAGAUCCCAACAACAGUCUCAGUCCGGUGCAGUGUUUCGGGAGUGGAAGUGGUUCAGCGGGAAACUUGAGUUCGGGCAGUAACAUCCAGAUGGACAGCACGACGAGCAACACAGGAACAGGGACUUCGUCCGGGAGCUACCAGCCGCCGACACUGACGGAGGCGCUGCUCAGCAAGCACAAUGACGACAUGGAGAAGAUGAUGCUGAAGAGGCACCGCGAGCUGAGAACUGGCGGACGCAGUGCUGAGAAGAUGAAGAAGGGACCGGACAAGUCACAGCAGCAGAAUCAGCAGCAGGAGCAUUCUUUUGGGUAUGGCGUGAAGAGGAGUGGUUCCCACUCGUGGGAAGGCGUUGAAGCCUAUCGCACCAGCAAGCAUCAGCAUCUGAGCGACAGUCACAAGGACCUGGCCACUGGACACGGCGAGAGCAGUGGAACAUCCAUGCCGAAGCAAAUGAUCACUGUCGAAGCCCUGGACAAUUUGCCAUCCUUCAGCACUCAGUCGUGCAUUCGCAACGUCGAUCUGUGGCCGCCCUUUUCGGUCAGUCUCACCACCAUUCCCAAUCCCAACACCACAGGCCGCAAUCACUUUGCCACCCCGUCUGGAAUUUUUCCCGCCGUUUACUACAUCCCGGCCACGCAGAAGAGCAACCCACCGACGGAGCACCCGGGGCCGCCGAACGCCCAGGCUCCCUACGCCUUCCAGUACAUGGCCAGCGUUGUUUACCCCCAUCCGUCGCUCUUCGGCCAGCAGUUCGUCUAUCCGCACCCGCCUAUGAUGUACCAACCGCUGCAAUUCCAGUCAGUCUCGCCAUCCGUCGGCGUGACUGAUCAUCAUCCAGGAUCGAGCACCAAUCCGGUGAAUGACAUGAAGGGAGCAAUGUCUCAGCACAAAACCAGCACAGUUGGUAGGGGAUCUCAAGGGCACGGACCCUUUCAGAGACCUUCGUCGCAGGCGACAUCCGUGAAGGCAGAGCCUGGCUCCAACAUGGGCAGUAUUGCAUCUGCAUCCGUGGUCAAUCGUGAUCUCUCUGAGUCGUCCAAGAAAGAGAUUGCUGACUCACCCAUAACUUCCCUGCCCGAUCCUGAUGCGACUGCAGACUCCAAGAGCCAAAUGGAGGAUGCCAACAAGUUAAAGGAACUGAGCAACGGGAGUGAUGAUUCAUCCAUGUCCAGCUUCUACUCGUCGUUCUUGAAAACGGACGCCAGCUCAGGUGACGACCGCAAUGAUGGAGAGAGGUCAAUGCAGAAGGAAUCUGAGGUAUUCUCUGUAUCUAUUCGCCCAUCAGGCGUGCAGAGUUUCAACAGUGACCCUUUUUACGAUACUUCCCAGGAGAUGCAGUGGGACAAGGGUGUAACAGUGCGAAAACCGUGGCGACGACCAGAACCACCGUGGCUGGACAAUGUUUCCGUGACUCCGGACUUGGUUUAUCGCUAUCAGGUAACGGCCAAGGCGGUCACCGACGUCCUAAAGGCAGACAUGAGUGCGCUCAAGCUCAUCCAUCAGCCAGGAAUGGUGAAUGAUCAGCUGGACCAACUCUAUUUGGAUCUCGAACUAGAAGGACUUUCGGCAAAACUUUCGCUGAGCGAAACAACGUCGAGCGGCAGCAGUGGUGAGGAGGAGAAUCCGGACAAGAAGCGCAAAAAACAGUUUCAGUAUGGAAAAUUGAUGAUGAUUUACGAAGAAAAUGCUCCAUUUCCUCCACCUAUUCAGCAACCCUAAUGAGUUGAUUAUAGACGUUAUAGUUCUUGCGCUCUUUCUCGCUCCUCCGUCGCCGCCUUUCCUGACUGUUUCCGGGAAACAACUUCCACUUUUAUCCAUCUCCGUAUAAAUUAAUUAUUGCCUAACAUGGCAGAGUAACAUGUUUGUUGUAGUUGCAAUGUGUAUUUUCGUUUUCAUUGAAGAAGUAUUAAUGUGCGCACUGAGAGAGACUGAAUUAAGUUGGAUUGAUUAAUAUUUGAGGAGGUUGAUUUCCAUAGAGAAAACGACAAGAUAUUGACUGGUGCUGCUUUCUACAGGGAUCCAAAUUGUGUGUGUACUUAAUACAAAUAUUUAUAUAAAAUUUAUGUGAAAUCUGAAUCGUCAAAUUUCCAUCUGAAACUACUUUAAAACAAAAAUUCAUUUAGCGUUUAAAUGGUGUUUUUUGUAUCUUACAUGGAAAUUAACAUGAUAAAACUGUAUGAAAUUUAUUUCAUAAUUUUUAUUUUGUCACGAGCAAAAUAAAUAUUUUGAAAAUA